GUGGGUUUCGAAAAUCAAUCGAUGUACUCCUCUCUCCUUUACUUGCAAACAUCAAAGAAGUGGUAUUGUGUAAAAAUAAAGCAAACUCUACUCUUUUGAUAAUUUUUUUUUGUAAAGUGUAGUACAAUGGAGGCAAGCCGAGAAGAAGCGCUUCGCUGUAUAAGUUUGGCUAGGAAAUAUUUGGAAGCAGGAGAUUACCAAAAAGCAUCCAAAUUUACUGAUAAGUCAGAACGAAUUCUUCCUACACCAGAAGCAAAAGACUUCAGAACGUAUAUGACUAAAGAAAGAACGUCUAAUAAGACUAAACCUUCAGCCGCCUCCACUGGAACUAGUAAUGCCUCUUCAACCAUGCGUGAUAGAACCUCGAAUUCACCGAGAAGCAAUGAUAGUUCUCAAGCCUCAUACACGCGGGAACAAAUGGAGAUUGUUCACAAAAUAACAAAACUAAAACAACAUGAGUACUAUGAAAUAUUAAACCUGAAGAAGGAUUGCAAAGAUAUAGAAAUAAAGAAGUCAUACCGGAAACUCGCAUUACAAUUACAUCCGGAUAAAAAUCACGCACCAAAUGCUGAUGAGGCUUUCAAAAAGGUUUCCAAGGCGUUUCAGGUUUUAUCGGACCCGAACAUGAGGGCACAUUACGACAGAACAGGAGCAGAUCCUGAAUCACGAGCGAGUGCUUCUACUUCGUCAUUUUCUCAACGGGCUGGACCUGGCUUCCAAGGUUUUUCUGGCUAUCCGCAAGCACAAAUGUCACCCGAAGAUUUGUUCAAUUCAUUUUUUGGCGAUCAGUUCUUCUCAGGAGGACCCAAUACGUUUUUCUUUGGCGGACCAGGUGUUCGUGUUCAUCAAUUCGGUGGUCGUCCUCGGAGGUACCGAAGACAACAAGCUGAAGAUACUAACAACAAGAGUAUGCUCUAUCAAAUCUUACCCAUCUUAAUCCUUGUUAUUUUCGCAUUUUUGUCUAAUUUCACUUCUUCUGGUGAUUCAUCCGUCCGUGCUGGAUACUCAUUUGUACCUACAGAAAAGUACUCCGCUCAGUAUAUUUCUCCAAAAUAUAAGGUUCCAUUCUAUGUAAAUCCAAAGCAAUACAAUUCUCUUUCUUCUCGAGACUCUCUUAGACUGGCUAAUCAGAUUGAGCAACAAUAUGCGGAGAGAGUGCAUGCUGAAUGCAUUAAAGAAAGAGAAUAUAAGGAGGAUCAAAUCCGGAAAUCUUAUGGUUGGUUCUUUCCUGAUGCAGAAAAAUUAAGCAGGGCAAAAGAAAUUUCUUUACCUCAUUGCGAUGAGUUUUCUCGACUCAGCUAUCACAAAACAUUUUCUAAUUACUAUUACUAUUAAGUCUACUACUUUGAUUCCGUGUACCUUUCCCCUCGUUACUCUUUUUCCUCUGUCCAAUAAUGUACUUAUACUAGUGUACAAGUAUACUCGUGAAAUUUACAAAAAUAGAAAAAGGGAUAAAAAAGUGGUACUUCCUUUUGACAUCCUUUCAUAUAGACUUUAACUUGGGCUCCUUGAGUCUUUCUAGAGACGUGAUCGUUCUCUACUUGAUGAUUCUUCCCUUCUAUAAGAAUGAAACAUGGGGUUUAUUCUUUAAUUUGGAUUAACGAGUUGUGUUCCCCUAGAAUCCUCUUCUGUUGGUUAUACAUAUCUACGUUUUUUAAUAAUUAUUCUUCUAGUAAAUCAUGAUGAGCUUUAAUUUUCAGCGGUUUUGGUUUCACGAUUCGCCAUUGUUCUGUCAAAUUUUUUCCAGUUGCUAUCUUCAUAGGAAAAUGCCAUUCUAUAGACAGAAAAUAACGUCUCCUGUGUUCAAUUAAUUCAACUUCUAAUUGUAAUUUUGAAUGUAAUAAUUGCUUUCAAC